AUGGCCACCCCCAGGCCCAGCAAGACCAGCCUCAUCCUCGCCCACCUCGGCACGCUCGCCUUCGUAGGCAGCACCAUGCUCCUGAGCUUCCUGGCGCUCGACAUCAUCUACCUCCCCUACCUCUCGCCGCUCGCGCACCUCGUCGCGCUCCUCAUCUCGCCCUUCAUCCCGCUCCUCUUCCCGGCCUUCCUCGGCGUCUUCCUCAAGGUCUGCCGGCGCGCGACGUGGCCCAAGAAGAAGUUCUGGGUGUUCAUGACCGGCUCGUCCGUCUUCCAGCACACGGGCCGCGCCGUCGCGGACGCGCUGGCGCUGUGGCACCACGGCGAGGGCUGCGGCCUGGCCGAGUGCCGGGGCAGGUGGCUCGAGUGGGUGCUGGUCGUGUGGGUGGUGGCGGCGCAGUCGGCGGGCUGGCGGUGGGAUCUCGGGUACGUGGAUGCGUGGAUCGACCAUCUGGUUGAUCAGGAGGCGGAGAAGUGGGCUCGGGCGGAAGCGGACGGUGGUGCUCAGGGCGAGCUCGAGCACGGGCCGGACUUGGAGAAGGGGACUGAGAGACUCGAGAAGGUCGUGUGUAGGGCCGCUCAGGAGGAUAAGCAGCAGCUGGCUGCUCUGGGUGCGGAAGAGGAGGUGUUGGUGCUGGUGCACCGUGCCCCUCGGCCUCUUACUCGGUAUACGUUUGCUCUUGAGCUCUACGGCUUGAUAGCGAUAGGCGGAGUCACUCUUAGACUGUGCAGCUUUUCUGGUUUCUGGCGCGAGACCAACGAAGGGAAACAGUCUCUCUUCCAUCCGUCCGGGCGCUCCCAGUCGAUAAAUCCCGGGUUAUAG